UCCUCGAAAAUUUCCCCUUGGGUCGUACCUAUUCGAAGAUUGUGAAUUGUGGUAAAGCCCGAAAAACAGCUAAAAUAUGACUCGCCACGCUAGAAAUUGUACGGCCGGUGCUGUUUAUACGUACCACGAGAAGAAAAAGGAUGCAGCAAACUCUGGCUUCGGCACGACAUCGCGCCGCAUCGGGAAGGAUUCGGUGAAAAGUUUCGACUGCUGUUCGCUAACCUUGCAGCCCUGUCGAAAUCCCGUAAUAACCAAAGAUGGCUACCUGUUCGAUAAGGAAGCGAUCCUCACGUACAUCAUCGCGAAGAAGAACGAGUACAGCCGCAAGAUGAAGGAGUACGAGAAGCAGGUCAAACAGGACGAGGAAGAGGAAGCGGCCAAAGCGAACGCGGAACAGCAAAAGAAGCUCGAUCGGUUCAUCUCGACGGAGAAGAAUAUCGUGAGCAAUAAGGCUGUCCUGCCGAGCGUUGAAAAACCUAGCACCAGCGGAGCGGUUUCGAACGUGUCACUGGGCAAGCGAAAGGAACUUCCCAGCUUUUGGGUACCAUCACAAACACCGGCAGCUAAGGUAUCGCGCAUCGAGAAACCGGACAGCAAAAUCUACUGUCCCGUGUCGAACAAACCCCUGAAGGCAAAGGAUUUGAUAGAGGUAAAGUUUACCCUGGUAAAGGAUCCCGCCGAUAAGAAAUCACUGAUUGCAAAGGAAAACCGAUACAUGUGUGCGGUGACGCACGAUAUCCUUAACAAUUCCGUACCGUGUGCGGUGCUGAAACCGACGGGAGACGUGGUCACAAUCGAGUGUAUUGAAAAAAUCAUCAAAAAGGACAUGAUACACCCGCUAACGAAUGAAAAGCUCUCCGACUCGGACAUUAUUCCACUGCAACGGGGUGGAACUGGUUUUGCAACGACCAACGAGAAACUGGAGGCCAAAGAGCAAAAGCCUUGUCUGCAAGUUUAAGCUAGUGUAAAUGUUUUGUGUAAGAAAAAUGACUUUAAUUUUAAUCUUUCCUUUUAAUUCAGUUCCGAUGAGAUUUUUACCUCAAAUCAGCCACCUCCCUUUAACAUAAUAAAUGCAAUUUAUAAGC